AUGCCUGUGCCCAAGACGUCUCACAAUCAAGCUGCAGCUGAAGAAGAGGACUUGAUAGACACAGGUGGAUGGUCUCCAGGAUCAAACUACAGCCUCUCAUCUGACACUCCCAAAGGCAAACACGUCAAGAAGCUUGUUGAUACCACUGAAGAUGACAUCAAUGUUGCUGUGCUUACACAACAACCGGAAGCAGAAAGUCAAGCGUGCAGAGACAUUGCACAGAAGAUGUGUACAAUAGUAGUGGCAAGAAAAGUUACUAUGGUGCAAAUGCAGGAUGAAAUGAAGACAUUGCAAGAUUCGACUGACUGA